AUACUAAAAACGCUGCCGAAAAUAUGAGAAAAAUGGCAACCCCCAAAUAUUUAUUUUCGUUUACAAUAUCAUUUGAAAUGUAAAUUUGUGUAAAUGAAAAAUACUGACUGCCGCUGUCGAGAAGCAAACGUCAAAAACAAAAAAUCAAUAUUUACAAAGACUGAUUUCUAUUAAAGUUGCAUUGAUUUCCACUCCGCAACAUGUCCGCGCUGCCGAAAGUUGACAUAGAUCAGCCGAAAUUCGAUCAGAGCACGUACAUUGGACGCUUUAAGCACUUCUUUUUGCUCACCAAUCCGCUUAAUUUGCUCGCUAGCAGCGCCGAAUUAGAGCGUUCGCAACGCGUCGUCCGGAACUACCGCGCCGGCAAAGAUGUAACGAGUGACGUAAGCACACUUGACGAACUGUGGCGAGCUAAAUACCUAUACGAUUCAGCAUUUCAUCCGGAAACCGGCGAAAAGUCACCGCUCAUCGGUCGCAUGUCGGCACAAAUGCCCAUGAACACACUCAUUACGGGUUGUAUGCUUUCUUUUCACAAGAGUACGAGCGCCGUUGUCUUCUGGCAGUGGUUCAAUCAGACCUUUAAUGCCAUCGUAAAUUAUACCAAUCGCUCGGGUUCUUCUAAGCUCACCACUGCCGAUUUGGUUAAGUGCUAUUGUUUAGGUACAGGUGGCGCCUUGGGCACCGCGUUGUCGCUGAAUCGCCUUACAGCGAAUAUGCCACCGCUUAUUGGACGUCUGGUGCCGUUCGUGGCGAUUUCGGCGGCAAAUUGUAUUAAUGUGCCUAUGAUGCGUUCACACGAAAUACGCAAUGGUGUGGUGCUGCUGAAUGAGCAGGGGCGUGAAGUGGGCGUGUCAAAGCGUGCCGCCAUCACAGGUAUUGCGUUGGUCGUGCUGAGUCGCAUUGCUAUGGCCAUACCCGGUAUGACCUUCACUCCGGUACUAAUCGAUAAGUUGGAUAAGCCAGGCAAGUUACUCAAUCGCUGGCCGUGGCUAAACCCACCGCUGCAAACUGCGCUUUGUGGGCUGCUGCUGAUAUUUGCUACACCGAUGGGUUGCGCACUGUGGCCGCAGAAAAUGAAUAUCAAAGUGGAAAAGUUGGAGGACGAAGUACAGGCAGAUAUCAAAAAGAAGAAUCCAGACUUAAAAGUGGUGUGGUUUAAUAAGGGACUGUGAAGAGCAAUUGUCCAAGAAGUGGAUUUGUGAAUACGAAAGAAAAAAUAUUUAAAUUAAAAUUAAAAUAAAAAUACUUGAAAUUAGGAUAAUUUGUUUUAUAAAGAAUUAAAUCGUCAAUAUAUUUUAAUGUAAUAAUAUAAGCUCUGGCCUCAUUAGUAUGUUUGGUAUACACAAGAUUUUUGGUGCAGGUUCCACAAUACGAAAUUAAGAUAUCUGCGAUUGUUCCAAUCAUAGAAUUCAUUUAAGAUAUUUACUCCGAGAUCUACUAAUAGCUGGUAGGAAGGGCUCGUCAAAUUUAAGUCGACAGUAGUCAAAUUAUG